UGCAUCAUGUGGCCAGUGCAUCUAACGUUGUUGUGCCUAGGCAUCUUGCACUUCCUCUCCGUAACGAAUGGAUCGCGAAUUGUCGGUGGCCAAUUCGCCGAAAAGAAUCAAUUUCCGCACCAGGUGGCCCUGCUUAAAGAUGGACGGCUCUACUGUGGCGGAUCAGUACUGACCGAGACGUGGGUCGUCACGGCAGCGCAUUGCCUCAAGGAUGGAAACAACGUAUACCCGCCGAAACGAUUUGAAGUGCUGGCCGGUGUUCUGGAGCACAAAGAUCAAAGUGGUGGGCAGCUAUUGAAAGCGAAGAAACUGAUCCCCCACGAAGGCUAUGGGAAUUUCUUCAACGACAUUGGUCUGGUGCAAACGGAUCGGAAAUUCGUGUUUGGAGAGAAUGUGCAACCGAUUCCUCUUCGGAAAAGCCCUCUUCCUGGUGGAACCGAAAUGGUGAUUUCGGGAUGGGGACGAACCGGAUUCAAUGAUGAGCUGAGCGAUCGUUUGCAGUACACUAAAAUGAGGUCCAUUCCUUUGAAGCAAUGUACGGAAGAAAUUGGUAUUACUUAUCCUGGAAUUAUUUGCGUAGUGGCAACUGAAGAAGGGUCACACGGUCCGUGUAGCGGGGACUCUGGCGGCCCAGCCGUGGUCAACAAUGAACUGGUUGGAGUUGCGAACUUUGCUCGUAUUGGAUGCGGAGUCAAUCCAGACGGUUAUGCCAAUGUGCCCAAUUUUGUUGAUUGGAUUGAAAAUCAUUUAGAUAAAAAUGAUUAUUAGACAAUUGAAAUGAUAUGUUAUGAAAU